CUUAGCCAGAACACAAUUGGGCGUAUAACCUAUCGACACACGUGCUUAAGUCUUAGGUUACGUCUCGACCAUUUGCCUAACUUCGUGUUUUUUUCAACUAUAUAGAGUUGCUUGCGAUAAACAGAAUUGUUAAUAAACAAGUAUCACAAAUAUGAGUGGACUCUUUUGCAGCGGCCGAGGCGUUGCAGCGUUGAAGGGACUGGCGUCGUGCGUCGCGCAGCAUCCGUCUCGUCUGGCGGCCAAUCGACAAAUUUGGAACAUGGCGAAGGGCUUUGGGCUCGGCUUCUCCUCACCGAAACCACUCCACAACCGGCCGCCCCUGAAGCCCGGCAAGGUGUCCCCCCGGCUCCCCGUGCCCCCCCACAUCCCCCGCCCGCCCUACGCGGACCGAGGCAACCUGCCCCCCUGGAGCGAUAAGAGCCAGAUACACGAUGAACAGGGCAAGCAGCACAUGCGCGCCUCCGGCCAGCUGGCUGCCCGCGUGUUGCGCAUGGCGGGGGAGCUGGUGCGACCCGGGGUCACCACGGACGAGAUAGACCGGGCGGUGCAUGAGAUGAUUGUGGGGGCGGGAGCCUACCCCUCGCCGCUCAACUAUGGCAAGUUCCCCAAGUCCGUGUGCACCUCCGUCAACGAGUGUGUGUGCCACGGCAUCCCCGACGACCGCCCCCUGGAGCCGGGCGACAUCCUCAACAUCGACGUGACGGUCUACCUGGGCGGAUACCACGGGGACACCAGCGGCAUGUUCCUUGUGGGUGAGGUGGAGCCCGCUGCCAGGGAGCUGGUGGAGGUGACCAAGCACUGCCUGGAGGAGGCCAUCAAGGUCUGCGGACCCGGGGUGCCGUACAACGCAAUCGGGAAAACAAUCCAGACCAUCGCCGACAAGCACCGUUACGGCGUCAUCCGCGACUACGUGGGUCACGGAGUGGGUCGCGCCUUCCACAGCCACCCCACCAUCCUGCACACCAAGAACAACGUUCCGGGGGUGAUGCAGCUGGGGGAGAGCUUCACCAUAGAGCCCAUGCUGGUGCAGGGCGGCUCCAAGUGCGACACCUGGUCCGACAACUGGACGGUGGUGACGCGCGACCGGGGUCUGGCAGCGCAGUGGGAGCAUACACUGCUGAUCGGGGAGGGGGGGGCGGAGGUG